AUGGAGAAGCUCCCGGGCGGCGUUUUAUCAAAUAUACUCAUCCGCUUAUUAGCGAAACAGCUUACUCAAAUGAGACUCGUGUGUAAAACUUGGAAUGCUCUCUUGUCUGAAUCCUCCUUUAUAAAAUCUCACCUCCAUCAUUCAAUCCAUAACAACAACAACAACAACAACAACAAGGAUGAUGAGAUUCUUUUGUUCUUUGAGAAGGCGAUUAUUGACUAUUUUUCUAGUACAGGUCCAUUAACAGCACGCUCCUGUGGUUCUCCCCGUCUGGAAGUCAGUAAUUUCAUGAAACUUGAACUCCCAAUUGAUCCCCAACAUGAAAAGCAAAAGCCUAUGAUCAAUGUGGUUGGGUCUGUGAAUGGCUUAAUAUGCUUUUCUUACGUAUCAAAACAUGGUUAUUUCAUUCGCAUUUGGAAUCCUUCUCUCUCGGCAUCGUUAACUCUCCCGCGUUCUUCUUUGUCGGACCAAACCCAUCACCCGUAUUUUGAUCCGAAAACUGAUGAUUACAAAGUUGUUGAGGUGAGUUCAUCUUUUUUCUUCCUAGAACCAGCCGCCAGGGAAACACAACCACAUCCACAAGUUGAUGUGUAUAGCAUGAGAAAGGGUUCCUGGGAGUCAGCAUCCCAAAGGAUUCCUUCCCACAUCAAAAUGUUUUUGUAUCGAGACGAUGUUUGUGUGGAUGGGCGUAUUCAUUUGGCUUUGUGUUACUGA